AUGACAAUCUGGAUAGAGGCACAGCCUUAUGAUGCAUCUUCCGUCUCCUACCCAGAGUGCUAUCAAACGUCAGGCUCCAGCGUCCUGGAGAAAAUAUUUGUGUUGAUAUUGACCCACCAGGGGCCAGCUGGUGCCACGGGGUCUCGAGGAACAAUUCGAUGGCCACGCGGAACAGGCUCCUUUCACGGCCAUUUGAGUAGCCGUGCAUGUGGUCCGUCGGCCGGGUCAUCUUAG